AUGAAAUUAAAAGUAUACGUAGAAGAACUCGUCUUUUACAUCAAUGUUGGUUAAGGAUUAAAUAAUUUUGCAUGGUUAGCUCUUGCAGCUGCUAAACUAUAUUCUAAUAAAAAGAAUCCUGAUUCAAACUAUUUACCAUGCAAUUUAUUAACUAAAUUCCCUAAAGGAGAAAUAUUUACAACACCAUCACCCCGUGCUCAAAUUUUUGAAUAUAUUAAAGAUGAUGAAGAUGGAAAAGAAACCAUAAUAAAAGUGGAAAUUAGAAAAGGUUAAGGAUAUAUAAUGACUUAAGAAUAAGAAAGUAUUAUCUUUUACUUUCAAUUUAGAAUGGUAUGAUGAGGCCUUUGGAAAAAUGAGAAAUUAAUUCACUGUUUCCUUUGAACUAGAUCCGAUAAAUUUAAAAGGGGUACGUUAAGAACCUACUUAUAUUGUUCAAUAUGAAUACAGGAUGUUCCCAGAAGUUAUGCAUGAAUUCGAUCCCAAAAAUUAUCCAUCUAAAGAUAAAAUCAUUCUGAAAGAAAUCAAGUUCACUAUAUAUAUUAUUAUUUUAGAUAUGGAGAUAAUUUUAAAAGAUAUUAUGCAGAAAUCACACUCCCUUUUGGUUCUUUUACAUACUAAUUCUACGGAUAAGUUAUCACUGAAAAAGAGGGACAAGAACCUCAAUAAUCUAUUUACCCUUUAGAUAUGAAAAACUUUAAUUCAAACAUUCUCUUCAAACCUAAUCCUUAUUCUUAACAAGAUAUACAAAAAAAAAUAAUGGAAUAUGCUUAAUAAAAAGAAAAAGAUUUAUAAUUAUAACAACUUCAAAAACGAGAAGAUAGUUAAAAAAAUAAACAAUCUGCUGCAGAAGAGUGUCCAUAUAAAUUUGAGAAAUUAUGGACCAUCAUUUAAAAAAAUGCUGAGGGUAAUCUAGAACUUAAAGAUCUUGUAAAAUUAUAUCAUUUAUUAUAAGGAAGAAAAUUUCUACAAUAAAAUUGCAGCUUAUAUGGAUGACAAAUUACCUCUACUUUAUGAAGUCUUUCGUUAAUAUGCCAUACUCUAUAAUACAGAUCAUGCUAAAAAAGAUGAAAUUAGCAUAUCAUUCUAAGAUGUAAUGCAUUUCUUGAAAUUUGUAUAAUAUCUUAUAUACUAUAUUAGUAUGGAUUAGUUUAGGAUAGUUAAGAACUAUUUUCAUUUGUUGAAACCUAUGAUAAAUAAGGAUCGAAAUCAAAAGAUGUUAGAAAAAGCUUAGAAUUAUCUGUUAAAUUCCAAGAAUUCUUUGUAAUCAUUGUUGAAUUGGCAUAAUUUAAAAAAACCAAUAAUCUGAGCGAAGUUGAAUGUAUUUUUAAUAUUUAUUCAAAUCUAGCCUAAGAUCAACUUGUUAUGAAAAUUGUAGAUAAAAUUAUUGAAAUUAACUCAGAUGAAAAAGAGUUUAAUAAUUUCUAAUAACAUAUGAAGUACAAUGAAAUCUUAGUCAAUUUUAUAAGAGUAAAUUCCCAUAUUAUUAAAUUUAGGAAAUUUAAGAUUAAUUAUAGAAUAUUUUCAUUAAAAGAUUUAGUUAAGGUAAUGAUGAUAAUUCCGAUAUUAAAUUCCAUAUCAGAUAAGAAGAAAUAAAAUAACUCAUUUAAGAUUCUGGAUAUAAAGGUGAUAAUCUUGAUGGAAUUAUUAAGACAGCAUAUAAAGAAUUAUUUCAUGACGAAAAAUUUAACGGAUUUGAAGGAUUAUUUUAUUAUGAAUUCAUUUAAGUGAUGUAAUGGCUUGCAUUAGUUCUCAUACAAAAUGAUGAACGUAGUUAGUAAGAUGAAGCAGAAGAAGUAACUACUUUAGACUAAUUGCAAGAAUAAUUGAGAUAUUUCAUUUAAUGUAUUGAAAAGUGAAAUAAAUCCAUAUAUAUA